AAACAACUUCGUCUCUCUCUACAGCUCAUCACCGGAGCCUGCCGAGCGGGCUUCCCACAUAAAACCAUCUUCAAGUAUUCUUCACUGUCAAAACUCAUCAAAAAACUGUAAGAAAGAAUCGGUUCCGUGCUCCUUGAAUCUUCAAUCUCCACAUUCCGAUCGAACCGAGUUCUUACGUUCACCAAGAACAGGUAGUUAUAAUAUCUAGGGUUUAAGAAAGAAUGUUGGUUGAAUUGCCUCGUUUGACAAAUUCACUUAGAGUCCCAUAUGAUGUCGAUAAAGCUUACUUGGAACGCAAAAUUUUCCUCCAAAAUCAUAAUAAACCUCAAAGGCCUGGAAAUUCUCUCGAUGAUUCAGAACUUGCUCGAAACAUAGUCCAUCAUUGGGAACAAGCAUCAAAUGAAGUGCGUCAAGCAUAUAAAAAAUUUCUUGGUUCAGUAGUAGAGUUAAUUGAUGGAGAAGUAUCAUCUGAGGAAUUCAGACAAGUAGCUAAAACAGUUUAUCGUCUCUUUGGUGCUCCUCAAGAAGAUGAUGUUAAGAACAAUAGAUCUAAAAUAUCAGCAUCCAAAAAGGAAGAAUUACAAAAGUGUAUUGGUUACAAUGUUCCGGAUAUUAAGAUUCAGAAAGUUGCUUCACUCGCUCAAAAGCUCUUCCUCUUGCAGCCUAGUGGUAAUGGAGAUGAUGCUAGUAUCUCAGAAGUGCGAGUUGAUGUUGGUGGUGAGAAUUCAGCGGAGUUUGGGAGUGAAUUAGUUUUCCAUGCACCUACCCGGUUUCUUGUUGACGAGUCUUUGAACAAUGAGCUACUUUUGGAAGAGGAAAGCUCCAUGAUGUCUUCUCUUCACGGAGAACAAUAUAACCAUAUUGAAUCUGUACCUAAUAAUUUUGUUGUGGACAAGGGAAAAGUGGACUUGAGAUGGUUAAGAGAUGAAUGUGAUCAGAUAGUUAGACAAAGUGGUUCACAACUUCCUACAGAUGAGCUAGCUAUGGCCCUUUGUCAAGUUCUUGAUUCAGAUAGAGCAGGAGAUGAGAUUGCUGGCGAGUUGUUAGAUCUUGUUGGGGACGGCGCAUUUGAAAUUGUUCAAGAUCUUUUGAAACAUAGAAAGGAGCUUGUUGAGGCAAUCCAUCAUGGGAUUGUUGUCCUUAAAUCAGAGAAAGCUCCAACCAUCCAGCCGAAAAUGCCUAGUUAUGGCACACAGGUCACUAUUCAAACUGAGACCGAAAAGCAAAUCGAUAAGCUCCGACGCAAGGAAGAAAAAAAACAGAGACGUGGAACAGAACAUGGGGUUGAGAAUGACUUGUCUGCUGGAAAUUUCUCUUCCUUACUUCAAGCAAGUGAGAGCAAAGGUCUCUUUGAUGAUUUGAUUGGCAGCGGCCAAGGUUCUAGUAAAUUUGUAGUGAACUCUCUUCCUCAAGGUACUGUUAGGAAGAACUUGAAGGGGUAUGAGGAAGUCAGUAUCCCUGCUACAGAAACUGCACAAAUGAAACCUGGGGAGCGGCUGAUCGAGAUAAAAGAAUUAGAUGACUUUGCUCAGGCUGCUUUCCAUGGCUACAAGUCCCUGAACCGUAUUCAGAGUCGUAUUUACCAAGCCACUUAUCAUACUAAUGAGAACAUAUUAGUUUGUGCUCCAACAGGAGCUGGUAAAACCAAUAUCGCUAUGAUUGCUGUUUUACACGAGAUUAAACAACACUACCGAGAUGGUAUUUUACAUAAAAAUGAAUUUAAAAUCGUCUAUGUUGCUCCUAUGAAGGCUUUAGCUGCAGAGGUGACAGCAACCUUCAGCCAUCGGUUGGCUCCAUUAAAUUUGAAUGUGAAGGAGCUUACUGGGGACAUGCAACUGUCAAGGAGUGAGCUUGAGGAAACUCAGAUGAUAGUUACAACACCUGAGAAAUGGGAUGUCAUCACUCGCAAAAGCAGUGACAUGUCAUUGUCAAUGCUAGUGAAACUGUUGAUUAUUGAUGAAGUACACCUGUUGAACGAUGAUAGAGGACCUGUAAUAGAGGCAUUAGUUGCAAGGACUCUUCGCCAGGUUGAGUCCACACAAUCAAUGAUACGCAUUGUGGGUCUUUCUGCCACUCUUCCCAAUUACUUGGAGGUUGCGAACUUUCUGAGGGUGAAUCCGGAGGCAGGACUCUUCUUCUUUGAUUCCAGCUAUCGUCCCGUGCCUCUUGCACAACAAUAUAUCGGAAUCACUGAGCAAAACUUUGCGGCUCGCACCAACCUCAUAAACGAAGUAUGCUAUAAAAAGGUGGUAGAAUCACUGAAGCAGGGCCACCAGGCAAUGAUUUUUGUUCAUUCACGCAAGGACACUAGUAAAACAGCAAAGACAAUGAUUGAAUUUUCCCAGAAGAGUGAAGAUACCGAGUUGUUUAGGAAUGACGAACAUCCAAUGUAUGCCUUAAUAAAGAAGGAUGUGCAAAAAUCAAGAAACAAAGAAGUUGCUGAGUUGUUUGAAUCUGGGAUUGGUAUUCAUCAUGCUGGGAUGUUGCGCGCUGACAGAGGUCUGACUGAGCGUCUCUUCUCCGAAGGUCUCCUGAAGGUUCUUGUUUGCACUGCUACAUUGGCAUGGGGAGUAAAUUUACCUGCUCACACAGUUGUCAUAAAGGGAACCCAACUAUAUGAUCCAAAGGCCGGUGGAUGGCGAGAUCUGGGCAUGCUUGAUGUUAUGCAGAUCUUCGGGCGAGCUGGGAGACCACAAUUUGACAAAAGCGGUGAAGGCAUUAUCAUAACAUCACAUGAUAAGUUAGCCUACUAUUUACGACUGCUGACAAGUCAGCUUCCAAUAGAAAGUCAGUUUAUUAGCUCAUUGAAAGACAACUUAAACGCAGAGGUGGCACUGGGUACUGUUACCAACGUCAAGGAAGCUUGUGCCUGGCUGGGAUAUACAUAUCUUUUCAUAAGGAUGAAAUCAAAUCCAUUGGAGUAUGGGAUAGGAUGGGAUGAGGUCAUGGCAGAUCCUUCUUUAAUCUCAAAGCAAAGAUCCCUUGUAACAGAUGCUGCUCGCUCCCUUGACAAAGCAAAAAUGAUGCGGUUUGAUGAGAAAAGUGGAAAUUUUUACUGUACAGAACUUGGUCGCAUUGCAAGUCACUUUUAUAUUCAGUACUCUAGUGUGGAAACAUACAAUGAAAUGCUCAGGCAUCAGAUGAGUGACAGUGAGGUGAUUAAUAUGGUGGCCCAUUCAUCUGAAUUUGAAAAUAUUGUUGUAAGGGAAGAAGAGCAGGAUGAACUAGAAACCCUGGUUCGCAGAUCAUGCCCUGUGGAAGUAAAGGGUGGUCCUUCGAAUAAACAUGGGAAAAUCUCAAUCCUAAUUCAGUUGUACAUAUCACGAGGAUCAAUAGAUAGCUUUUCGCUAAUUUCAGAUGCAGCAUAUAUAAGUGCAAGCUUGGCUCGUAUAAUGCGUGCGUUAUUUGAAAUAUGUCUGCGGAGAGGAUGGUGUGAAAUGACUUCUUUUAUGUUGGACUACUGCAAAGCCGUGGAUCGUCAAAUAUGGCCUCAUCAGCAUCCUCUACGACAGUUUGAUAGGGAACUGUCCGCGGAAGUAUUGAGAAAGCUUGAAGAGCGAGAAGUUGACUUGGAUCGGCUUCUAGAGAUGGAGGAAAAAGAUAUUGGAUUAUUGAUUCGUUAUGCACAUGGAGGAAAGAUUGUUAAACAAUAUUUAGGAUACUUUCCAUGGAUCAACUUGUCUGCUACCAUAAGUCCUAUCACCAGAACUGUUUUAAAGGUGGACUUGCUCAUUACGCCUGAGUUUGUUUGGAAGGAUCGCUUUCAUGGUCUUGUUCAGCAUUGGUGGAUUCUUGUUGAGGAUUCCAAGAACGACCACAUUUAUCAUUCGGAGCUCUUCUCUCUGACGAAGAAAAUGGCACGAGGGGAGUCUCAAAAGCUUUCUUUUACAGUGCCCAUAUUUGAGCCACAUCCCCCUCAGUACUACAUCCGCGCUGUGUCAGAUUCUUGGUUGCAUGCAGAUACUUGUUACACUAUCUCCUUCCAAAAUCUUGCGUUGCCAGAGGCUCGUACAUCACAUACAGAACUUUUGGACUUGAAACCUCUUCCUGUAUCUUCACUCGGAAAUAAGGCUUAUGAGGCGCUGUACAGGUUCUCACAUUUCAAUCCAAUUCAAACUCAGACAUUUCAUGUCCUAUACCACACAGACAACAGUGUUCUGUUAGGGGCUCCUACAGGAAGUGGGAAAACUAUAUCAGCUGAACUUGCAAUGCUUCAUCUCUUCAAUACACAGCCUGAUAUGAAGGUUAUAUAUAUAGCACCCUUGAAAGCCAUUGUUAGAGAAAGAAUGAAAGAUUGGAGAACACGUCUUGUGUCUCAACUUGGGAAAAAGAUGGUGGAGAUGACUGGGGAUUAUACUCCAGAUUUAAUGGCCCUAACUUCUGCAGACAUCAUAAUUUCCACCCCAGAAAAAUGGGAUGGUAUCAGUCGUAACUGGCACAGUAGAAGCUACGUUACGAAGGUUGGACUCUUGAUAUUGGAUGAGAUUCACUUGCUAGGAGCUGAUCGUGGGCCCAUUCUCGAGGUCAUUGUUUCGAGGAUGAGAUACGUAUCAUCUCAAACAGAACGUGCUGUUCGGUUUGUGGGCCUUUCAACGGCAUUGGCAAAUGCAUGUGACUUGGCCGACUGGUUGGGUGUUGGGGAUGCUGGGUUAUUCAACUUCAAGCCUAGUGUGAGGCCUGUACCUCUAGAAGUUCACAUUCAGGGAUAUCCAGGGAAGUUCUAUUGCCCCAGAAUGAAUAGUAUGAAUAAACCAGCGUAUGCUGCCAUAUGUACCCAUUCGCCUACGAAGCCAGUUCUUAUUUUCGUUUCAUCUCGUCGUCAGACAAGGCUUACUGCGCUGGACCUCAUUCAGUUUGCAGCAUCAGAUGAGCAUCCUAUACAAUUUUUGAAUAUGGGCGAGGAAGCGUUGCAGAUGGUACUUUCUCAGGUCACUGAUCAGAACUUGAGGCACACUCUACAGUUCGGGAUCGGAUUGCACCAUGCAGGACUGAAUGAUAAAGAUAGAUCUCUGGUUGAGGAACUCUUUGCAAACAACAAAAUUCAGGUUUUGGUAUGUACCAGCACUUUAGCUUGGGGUGUUAAUCUUCCAGCUCAUCUGGUCAUUAUUAAGGGAACGGAGUUUUAUGAUGGGAAAGCGAAGAGAUAUGUUGAUUUCCCUAUUACAGAUAUUCUGCAAAUGAUGGGUCGUGCAGGCCGUCCUCAGUUUGACCAGCAUGGAAAAGCUGUCAUUCUUGUCCAUGAACCUAAAAAGAGCUUUUACAAGAAGUUUCUUUAUGAACCAUUUCCAGUUGAAAGUAAUCUGCGCGAGCAAAUACAAGAUCACAUCAAUGCAGAAAUUGUUUCUGGCACGAUUUGCCACAAGGAGGAUGCAGUGCAUUACCUUACCUGGACUUACCUAUUCCGUCGAUUGGUUGUUAAUCCUGCUUACUAUGGGUUGGAGGACACUGAAUCAAAAACUCUAAAUUCAUACCUGUCAAGUUUGGUGCAAAACACAUUUGAAGACCUGGAAGAUAGUGGCUGUAUCAAGAUGAAUGAUGACAGUGUAGAGCCUUUGAUGUUGGGUUCAAUGGCAUCACAGUAUUACCUAAGCUACAUGACUGUGUCGAUGUUUGGUUCAAACAUAAGUUCUAACACUUCACUUGAAGUUUUCCUGCACAUACUCUCUGGUGCGUCGGAGUAUAAUGAACUGCCUGUGCGACAUAAUGAGGAAAACUAUAAUGAAGCAUUAUCAAAAAGAGUUCCAUACCUUGUGGAUAACAAUAGCCUUGAUGACCCGCAUGUUAAAGCAAAUCUACUUCUACAGGCACAUUUCUCGCAGUUAGAGAUGCCGAUCAGUGAUUAUGUUACAGAUUUGAAGUCAGUGCUUGACCAAAGUAUACGUAUCAUACAAGCUAUGAUUGAUAUAUGUGCUAACAGCGGAUGGCUUACAAGCACAUUAACCUGUAUGCAUCUCUUGCAAAUGGUGAUGCAGGGUAUGUGGUUCGAAAGGGAUUCUUCUCUAUUGAUGUUGCCAAGUAUGAAUUCUGAACUUGUUAGUUUACUUGGAAAAAGAGGCAUCUCAAAUGUUCAGCAACUGCUGAGUCUUCCCAAGGCAACUCUGCAGUCAUUAAUCGAAAACUUCCCUGUGUCGCAGCUGUAUCAGGAGUUGCAGCAGUUUCCGUAUAUUCAUUUAAGGUUAAGGCUUCAGGAAAGGGAUAGAGAGGGUUUUAGGUCUCGUUUUCUGAACAUUAAAAUGGAGAAAACAAACUACAAGCACAAAACAAGGGCUUUCACCCCUCGGUUUCCCAAGUUAAAAGACGAAGCAUGGUGGCUGGUUCUUGGAAAUGUUUCUACCUCGGAGUUAUAUGCACUGAAGAGGGUUUCUCUCUCAGACCGCUCGUUGGUCACUAACAUGGAGAUACCAUCCUCAGUGAUUAGUCUCCAUGGAGUAAAGCUGAUUCUAGUUUCAGAUUGCUAUCUGGGGUUUGAGCAAGAACACCCAAUUGAAGAGUUAUUAAAUCCACGCAUUGAAAGAUAACCCACUUUGGCCUUGGCCAAAAUUUAGUCUGGAUUGUUCUCAAUCGUUGAUGGUGGGCCAUCCACUAAUGUCAUGCUCACGUAACAAUGACGUACUGUAUUAAGGGCUUCUCUUAAUAUAGCCCAUGUUUUUAUUAACCAUAGUCCAUUGACUUGGUCGAUAACUAUUGAAAAUAAUUCUAAGUUUGACAUUUUUUCAUUUUUAUUCAUAGCCCAAAACUAGGUAAAUGAUUCAAUAAAUAGGUAAGAUGAUUGGUAAAUCAUUGAGUCGGUGACUCCA